ACACACAGAGUCAGUCACACAGUUUCACUGAAGCUGCUGACAUCGGGACCUCGUCUUAUUUGGUUUCCUGCUUCUGUUGAGUGUUUUUCUUAAGCUAUCGCUCACAGUAUAUUUCUUCUGAGCUCACUUGUGGAUUAUUUCAUAUUUGUUAUCACAUCUGCUGAACAGUUUUUUUUUGUUGGUAAAAUGUCGCGGCCCAGCACUCUGGAUUUAGACAGACACAGCAGCCUGGAGAAAUCUCGUCGCUCAGCCAGUCGCAGCCAGCUCAGGGCCGAGGCUCAGCAUGGGGACGUCCUGUGUGAUUUCUGCACAACAAGGCGGCAGAAGGCGGAGAAGUCCUGUUUGGUUUGUCUGGCGUCCUACUGUGAGGCUCAUCUCCAGUCUCACUAUGACUAUCCUACCCUGAUGAAGCAUAAACUGGUCAAAGCCACUGGUCAGAUGAGAGAGAAGAUCUGUGCACAGCAUGACAAGCUGCUGGAGGCUUUUUGUCGCACCGAUCAGACAUCAGUGUGUGUGCUGUGCAUGAUGGAUGAACACAAACACCAUGACAUUGUCCCGGCUGGAACUGAGAGGACUGAGAAACAGAAACAACUUGGGCCCACACUGCACAAAUCUCAACAAAGGAUUGACCAGAGAAUCAAAAAGUGGCAGGAUCUCCGACAAGCUGUGGAAUCAGUUAAACACUCUGCUCAAACGGUCCUGGAGGAGAACGAGCGGAUCUUCACUGAGCUUCUGCUUUCCAUCGAGAGGAAGUACAAUGAAGUCAAGGAGAUGAUCCGCUCCCACGAAAAGACCACGGUGACACGGGCCGAGAUAGUCCUGGACCGUCUGGAGGAGGAGAUCACUCUCCUUCGGAAAAGACACAACGAUCUGGACAAGCUCUCACACACUGAUGACCACAUGCACUUUCUACAGAGCUGGCAGUCUCUGUCGGGACCCUCAGGAUAUGAAGACCUCAACAACACAAGUGUCGCCCCCAAUUACUCCUUUGAAUCUACCAAGAGAGCCAUUGCUGCACUGAAACUGGAAGUAGAAGAAGUCGGCAAGACUGAAAUGAGCAAAAUCUCAGGAGCAGUGAAGGAUGUCUACAUCACGGAAGAGGUUGAGACAAAGACAAGAGGCGAAUCAGUUUCGAGGGAUGAACCGAAGACAAGAGAAGAACCGAAGACAAGAGAAGAACCAAAGACAAGAGAAGAUUUCCUGAAAUAUGCUUGCCAGUUAAUUCUGGAUGUCAACAGCGUUCACCCCAACCUUCACCUCUCCGAGGGGAACCGAACAGCCACGAUGAAGAGUGAGCCAAAGAACUACCCUGACCACCCAGAACGAUUCGACCACUGGCAGCAGGUACUGUGCAAGGAGAGCAUGCCUGGGACUCGUUGUUACUGGGAGGUUGUCUGGCGGGGGACGGAGAUAGACGUGGCGGUCGCCUACAGGGGCAUCCGCCGCAAAGGAAACGGGAACGAAUGCAGCCUGGGCUGGAACGACAAGUCCUGGAGUCUUUACUGCUCCGACUCCGAGUUCACCUUUGUGCACAAUAAUAAGCGAAAAGACAUUCCAGCUCCAGUGUCAUCCCGUAUCGGCGUCUACGUGGAUCGCGCAGCAGGAACACUGGCGUUUUACAGCGUCUCCGACAGCAUGAAGCUUCUGCACAGGGCCCACGCGACAUUCACAGAGGCCCUCUACCCUGCAUUCAGUGUGUGGGGCUUUGGUUCCACAAUACGACUGUAGCAGAGUCGCUAUAGUGUCAUGUGUUUAAUGUGAAUACAGUUAACUCAAUAUUGAUAAAUUCUUCUUAGACCACCUUAUGCUCAAGUAUAAGUUCCCUCAUCCAUGAACUAUUAUGGGAGUUCAGUCUAAUUGAUGUGUGUUUUUGACCUGUUGAUCAUUGCUGUUGGUUUUGGGAGAACCAAGUCUGAAGGGGUUGAAAACAAAAUCUGUCAGUCGUAGAAAAAACGUAUUCAAUAAGUUAUGAUCGUGUUAUUCUCUCUUUGUACCACAUUUUUUUCUCCAUUUUAUCAAAGCAUGUUACAUUUGCAUUAUUAUUAUUAUGUUAUAUGCUGUGUGUGAAAUUAAACCACAGUUUCCCAAACCC